AUACACGUAUGUACAUACAUAUUGUAAGUAACCGUGGUUCUCUCUUUGACCUUGAGCCGCGUGAUGUUGAUCAACUGUCUCGUAAAAUUUUAGACGGUGAACUCUCUCUUUCUCUGCAACCUAUGAAAAAGAAUACAGAGAGAAGAGAAAUUAAAAACAGUAGUUUAUUGAUUUCUCUGUAUUGAUUCAACUCAUCUGGUUUUCCAAUUGAUACCCCAUUUUCAUUCCUUGUUUCUUCUUCGAUUUACUCAUAAACUAACUUAGUCCCCAAAGAUUAAUACGUUAUUUUUGUACCCAUCACCCAAAGUUUCCAUCUUUCCCAAAAGGAAUUUGUACCCAUAGCUGAUCAAAUUUGAUAACUUUGUUAUACCCUUUUUUUAUGGAAUCAGAUAGUAUUGAUUGUAUGGCAUCAUCGGAUGUGAUGGAUGAUGAUGAGAUCCAUCAUCAUCAGUUAUCUUCUUCAUUGUCAAAGACCCACAGCAACAAUGGGAACAGCAACAACAGUACCUUGUCAUCAGCUGUUCAUGCAAGCACUACUAGUGUCCAUGAACUCCUUGAAUGCCCUGUUUGUACCAAUUGUAUGUACCCUCCUAUUCAUCAGUGCCACAAUGGGCAUACUCUCUGUUCAACUUGUAAAACGAGGGUACACAAUCGAUGCCCCACUUGUAGACAAGAGCUCGGUGAUAUUAGGUGUCUAGCACUAGAGAAGGUGGCUGAAUCACUUGAAUUACCUUGCAAAUAUAUGUCACUUGGAUGCCCUGAGAUCUUUCCCUACUAUAGUAAACUCAAGCAUGAGGCUCUAUGCAACUUCAGGCCGUAUAGUUGCCCAUAUGCCGGAUCGGAAUGUGCUGUUGUUGGUGAUAUUCCAUUCCUUGUUACACAUCUAAGGGAUGACCACAAGGUGGACAUGCAUUCUGGAUGCACGUUUAACCAUCGAUAUGUGAAGUCUAAUCCUCAAGAAGUAGAAAAUGCAACAUGGAUGCUAACUGUAUUUCAUUGUUUUGGUCAAUACUUCUGUCUCCAUUUUGAAGCCUUUCAGCUCGGAGUGGCUCCUGUUUACAUGGCAUUCCUUCGUUUCAUGGGCGAUGAGAUUGAAGCUCGCAACUACAGUUAUAGCCUAGAAGUUGGAGGGAAUGGUAGGAAACUCACUUGGGAAGGCACCCCGAGAAGCAUAAGAGAUAGCCACCGAAAGGUUCGGGAUAGCCACGAUGGCCUUAUUAUACAGCGUAACAUGGCGCUUUUCUUCUCUGGAGGGGAUAGAAAAGAGUUGAAACUACGAGUAACGGGGCGGAUAUGGAAAGAACAACAAAACCCGGAAGGUGGUGCCUGUAUACCCAACCUUUGUAGUUAAAAAUGUCACCCCCAUAAUGUUGUUUGCUGCAUCUUCCUGUAAUACUAAUAGCAACCUGCCAUUGAUGUUGAGGAUUUUUGAACUCUGCAUGCACAUUGAAGCCUUAAGCCUUUUCUCCAUUAUUAACAAUAAGCUUUUUAGCUGUAAAAGUAUCAUGGAAAUUCCUAUACUAAAA